GGAGAAAGAGGGGAGUGCUAUUGCUUUGCAAAGCAGGGGAAGGGCUGCGAAGGAAAGCCCCUGGGGCUCAGUUGGAGGUCCCAUCAUCCCCACCAGCCCGUGCCUGCGCCAUCAGCUGCGGUGGGUGUGGCGCAGCGUGGCUGGGCUUCAAGGAGGCAGCCAAGGAAAAGGAGGAGGAGGAGAAGAAGGAGGGAAGGAGGAGGAGGAGGAGACGCGCGAGGCGAGUGAGUGAGCGGCCGGCCAAGCGCCUCUUUCCCUCCGCGCUCGCCCAGAAGCAAGCAUGGCUUCGUCGCAAGGCAAGCUCGAGCUCAAGCUGGCCGACUGGAUGGCCACUCUGCCCCUCAGCAUCCACAGCGUGCCCCUCUCCAACCUCGCCAUCCCAGGGUCUCAUGAUUCAUUUAGCUUCUACAUUGAUGAGGCCUCUCCAGUUGGACCCGAGCAACCAGAAACUGUCCAGAACUUUGUCUCUGUGUUUGGAACUGUGGCUAAAAAGCUGAUGAGGAAAUGGCUGGCAACACAGACAAUGAAUUUUACUAGUCAGCUGGGAGCUGGAGUACGGUAUUUUGAUCUUAGGAUCUCUACAAAGCCCAGAGACCCUGACAAUGAACUCUACUUUGCUCAUGGUUUAUUCAGUGCCAAAGUCAACGAGGGCCUUGAGGAGAUCAGUGCCUUCCUUGCCGAUCAUCAUAAAGAAGUGGUCUUGUUGGACUUCAACCACUUCUAUGGGGUGCAGAAAUGUCACCAUGAAAAACUGGUCCAAAUGCUCAAAGACACUUUUGGAAGUAAAAUGUGCCCUGCCAUUUUUGCCCAUGAAGUUUGUCUCCAGUAUCUCUGGGAGAAGGAUUAUCAAGUUUUGGUAUUUUAUCACAGCCCAGUGGCACUGGAAGUCCCAUUUCUAUGGCCAGGACAAAUGAUGCCAGCACCAUGGGCAAACACAACAGAUCCGGAAAAACUGAUCCAGUUUCUUCAGACAUCAAUCAUUGAGAGAAGAAAGAAGGGCUCCUUUUUUAUAUCUCAGGUGGUGCUGACCCCAAAGGCUAGCACUGUGGUCAAGGGAGUUGCCAGUGGCCUCAGAGAAACAAUCACUGAAAGAGCUCUCCCUGCCAUGAUGCAAUGGGUUCGGACCCAGACGCCGGGUGAAAGCGGUAUCAACAUUGUCACUGCAGACUUUGUAGAACUGGGCGACUUUGUCAGCACAGUGAUAAAACUGAACUACAACUUGUAUGAAGAUGAAGCUGGCGCAACUUGAUAGUCCCAUCGUGUCUCCAGUAUGCUCCAAAGUGGAACUUUCCCCUCCAGUUGUGUUAGGUUAGGUUGUAAUCUUGUGACACAGGUUUUGCAAGCACAUGCUGAAUAUAUGUAUAUAUAUAUCUUUUCUUUUGAAUGUACUGAGGACUUAGAAAGGGUAGGCAAAAUGGGAAAGUGUUGUUUCACUUGUUAUCACCUUUUUAACAUUGGUUUGCUCAUGUCUUAUGAAAUGCAACCAAGUUCCAUUCAUAUAACUAUCUUCAUCAAGAAAGCCAUUAAGUAAAUAAUAUGUGAGUAACCAAAUAUUUUUUUGGUAAUUUUGAUGACCAUUCAUUAUUAUUAAGGCAUAACUGGUGGCCCUAUAUUGCCUUCUUUCUGUGAAAUAAGUUCGCAUCAUUGUAAGCAAAACCAUGAGCAAAGGUGGUAUUAAUACUGCCAGGGCACUUAGAAUAAUAGAACCAUAGAGCUGGAGGAGCUCACAAGAACCAACCAGUCCAACUCCAUUCUGUAUGCAGAAGCACACUAACAAAGCACACCAGUGUCAUACACAUAUUAGUGUUGCGCUAAUUGGUAGCAUUAGGGUCAUCGUCGUCUCCCAGGAAGGUAUAUGUCAUCUACAUUAAAGGUUGGCUAAGAUUAGAAAAGAAUUGCAGGUCCAAUUAUUAGUGUAUGUAUGCAUUUAUUUAUUUAUUUACAGUACUUAUAUUCUGCCCUUCUCGCCCCAAAUCAUACAACACAUAUACAGUAAACAUUCAAUGCUGAUUAUACAAUGACGAGACAGACAACAGAUAGAGGUAUAUUCAGGCUUUUUCUCAUCAUUCGGCAUCUUUUGGAGGCUGUGCUCGUUUCCAGCCACAGAAGGUGCUGUCUCUCCAUCUCCUCACUGAAGAGCUUUCUUUGUUUGUAAACUUUCCUCUGAAACGUUAUCCUAAAAUACCUCCCCUCUUAAUGCAAUUCCUGUUCAUCUAUUCACAUUGCUGUUUUUGAUCUGCUAGAUGGGUGGGGGAGGUGGACUGAAGCUCACCCUGACCCGGUUUCAAACUGUCAACCUUUCGGUUGGCAAAAUUUACUGCAGCUGCAGCAGUUGAUUAACCUGCUGUGCUAAAGCGAGCCCUGGCCGAUGUACAGAUGUUUAUGAAUAUUUUCUGGAAUUUCUCAACAAUAUCCAGUUAUGUUGGCUAGCAUAAAACCCAUAAUGCACACAUUUUCAAUACAAGAACAGUAACUAAUAUAAAUUGUAGUGCAUAAGAGUUGCGCAAAGCAGUUGCAUAACAAAUAAGAGAUUGUGAAGCUGCUUGUGUUUCUGUUUUGCCUAACCUUUGCACUACUAAUUUCACAACUGAUGAGCACAAUCGUUAACUACUGCACUAGCAGAAAUCAUCAUUCCACUAAGCUUAAAUUAGAUCUAAGCUUUAGAAUAUGCAUUAGAUUUUUAUUUUUUUAAAAAAUAAGCCCUCAUUGUUAGUCUCUUGUUCUCCCAAAAGUGAUUGAAUGCCAGAGUCUCAUUAUACUUGCUUAAUUUAACAUCUAUGACUUUGACUUGGUCAGAAGUCCAUAGAAACCAUAAUUUGUGUUAAUUUGAUGCUUUCAGUGGGUCAAACCAUUAUUUAUAAAGUUCUCAAUUUUAUAUAUAUAGUGCACUCUAACUACCAUGGCUCAAUGCUAUGGAAUCAUGGAAGUUGUAGUUUUACAGGGUAUUUAACCAUCUCCAUCAAGGAAUACUGGUCUUAGAUUUCUUCAUUGAAAAGGUCUGAUUCUGAAGAGUGGUAGAGGCUCCUUCUUUGGAGGCUUUUAAACAGAGGCUGGAUGGCCAUCUGUCAAGGGGUGCUUUUAAUGUGGUUUUCCUGCUUCUUGACAGGGGGUUGGACAAGGCCCUCAAAGUCUCUUCUGACUCUAUGAUUCUAUGCCUCACUAAACUCAAGCUCAUAUGAUUCCAUAGCAUUGAGCCAUGGCAGUUAAAGUGGAGUAAACUGUACUAAUUCUAUAUGCACCUCAAGUUGGGCUCCAACCCACUGAUUUGUUUCCUUUUCUUGGAAAAGGAUGUUUACAUCCCAAAAGAAUGACUUGUUGUGUAACAGAGGCUAACAUCAAGUGCAGAUGCUAACAUUGCCCUAGCUUACCCAAAAUGAAGAAUAAAAAUUAUACUCAUUCAGGAAUGAGAGAGAAUGGUUUGAUGUAAAGAGUAGAAUAGGUCAAUGUGUUGUUAAUAACUUUAUAUUGUAAUAACCUUUCAUUGUCUGUGCAGAAUAACGUAUGAUUAAAAAUACCACCUACGGCAUAUUUGAUGGAAGAUUUCCCCACUCAUUGUGUUCUUAAAGGAAUAUAUGAAAUGCUAUGAGGUGACAAAGUUCUUGAAGUAAGGAAAUGUUAGCCUCUUGCUUCCACUUCAAAUGCAGAGCCGGCAAUCUGAUGUCCUUUAGAAACUCUCAACUGUAGGGAGCUGUAGCACAAAACAUCUGGAGGGCACAAGAUUCCCACCUUCGCCUUGCAAUUUAAAGGUGCGGUUGGAGGAUUUGGACUGCAAUAAGAAUAAAAUGAAGCAAUUUUAUGAGUCUAUAACUAAUGGUAAAGAAGGAGACUUGAUAAAUGAAUCACGUGUUUCUCAGAGAAACAGCAUAACUUGAUUUAGAACGUGCAUUAACUGAAGUUGCAGGUUGCCCUGAAUUCGCUUUGAAAAUCCAAAACAAAUGGUGACUUUGGGUCUAUGUCAGCAAUUAGAUUGGUUCCAAGAAAGAAUUGGUCACAACUGUUACCACAGUCAUUCCAUAUCAUCCCCCUCCAGUUCUUGUCAUUGCAAUGGCCGGUGGGUUCAACAUGGCUAUUGUCCACUAUUAAUCACUUUGAGUGAUGAGUGAUUAAUCAAUGAGGUGAUCAAAGAAGUGGGGGGGGGGGG